AUGGUUACCAAACCACCACCUCCGUUCCCUCAAAGGUUGGCAAAACAGAAGGAAGAGGCCAUAUACAAAAAGUUUCUUGAUUUACUAAAGCAAGUACAUUUGAAUGUUCCUUUAGUGGACAUGCUGCAAGGGAUCCCAAAAUAUGCCAAGUACAUCAAGGACAUCAUGAAAAACAAGAGUCAUUUCACAGAGUAUGAUACAGUUGCACUUACUGAGGAGUGCACUUCCCAUUCAAAACAAAUUUCCUACAAAGUUGAAGGGUCCAGGCAGUUUCACUAUCGAAAUCACGAUUGGAAAGCAACUAGGCCCGAGGGUAUUAUUGAAGAUGUUCUGGUGCAGGUUAGGUCUCUCAUAUGUCUGACAGAUUUUGUUAUCUUGGAUUUCAAGCCCGAUUCGAAAGUCCCAUUUAUUUUGGGGCGUCCAUUUUUGGACACAGAAAGAGCGUUGAUCGAUGUAGCAGCACGGUAG